UUGAUUGACAGGUCAGAGACGUGGGAUUUUACCAGGCUGUACGAUCUGGUGUACGUACUAUAAUUGACUUAACCUUUUCUCUCUUUAAAUACCUGAUUGAAUUUUUUUCUGCAUAUUCCUGCAACCCUUUGAGAUCUUUCUUUUUACGCCUGACGUGUUUGAGACCACACGGGCAAACUGCUCUCUGACGAGAGAAGGCUAAAGCGACGGGAUUGGAAGUGCAUCGAACGUCACCAUGGCUGAGCCCAACUUCCCGCCGCUACCCGGUUUCAUUCCGCUCAAGCCAUGCUUCUACCAGGACUUUGAUGAGAUCCCCGAGCAACACCGCAGCUUGUGCAAAAAGAUGUACCACCUGUGGAUGUUAAACGGCGCCACGCUGGCAGUUAAUCUCGUGGGCUGCUUUGCAUGGAUGUUCGGAGGAGGGGGCGUGACCAACUUUGGCCUGUCAAUCAUUUGGCUGCUCAUGUUCACGCCCUGCUCGUACGUCUGCUGGUUCCGGCCCAUUUACAAAGCUUUCAGGAGUGACAGCUCGUUCAACUACAUGGUCUUCUUCUUCGUCUUCAUGGCUCAAGUGGGCAUCAGCAUCAUUCAAAGCAUUGGCAUCCCGGGAUGGGGAGUGUGCGGCUGGUUGGCCACUAUCUCCUUUUUCAGUUACAAUAUUUUGAUAGCUCUGAUUAUGUUGGUGCCUACCAUCAUGUUCACCGCCGUCGCCUCGCUGUCCUUCAUCGCCCUCACGAAGAUCCACAACUUCUACCGUGGGAGUGGUGGCAGCAUGACCAAAGCGCAGGAGGAGUGGACCACAGGUGCCUGGAAGAACCCUCACGUCCAGCAGGCCGCCCAGCAGGCCGCCAUGGGGGCAGCCAGCGGCGGCAUGCAGGAUCAGUACUCGGCUCCGCAGUACAACGACAACCAGAUGUAACACGCAAAUGUUGCAGCGGCGACGCUAUCGUUGGGGCCAAAGUUUGAACAGUAGCCUCAUCCGUCAUCUGGUCUGAAUUGGAAAUGAAUAAUUCAGUGUGUUUUCAUGCUGUUUCUUGUUCAUAUUUUAUAACUUUUCACGUGACAUAGAGUGAACCCUAGCACAAUCACAAAUUCAUUGUUUAUCAUUGAAAAACAAACUUAUUAGCUUCUUUGUGCUCCGGCCAAAGUAUCAUUUGGCGUCAUUUGGUGGCACUGUGGUCCCCUGUGAAUUGUGGGGGUUCACUGUCAUCACAAAUACCAAAAUAGUAGCUGGCUCCUUCUGGAUGGUCACCUUUAAAGCGCAUCGGCCCCUCCCCUAAACAAGUUAAUAGAUUUUUUUAUCAUUAACAAGAUUAAUGAUGAUGAUGAUGAUGACUGAACUUUAUUCAUCCCACAGCGGGGAAAUUUACUUUACUUAAUUUAAUGUACUUUAUUUAAUUUAACGAGAUAUUCAUAGUUACAGAAAAAAACCACCAGUCUGCGCCCCAUGACUGCUCAAAAACAAGAAAAUUAUUUGACAUCUACGCAUUUUAUAUCCGGUAUUUACCAUGACGUCACACGCCGGCGUCUCGUGGAGCACGAGGACUAUGGCGUGCAAGAUGUUUUGGCUGUCAUCCAGUGUGCACCGAAAACCAUCGCGAUGGAUGACAGACGUGCAUUUUGCGGAGGAAUGGGGUGAACGGACACGAUACAGGACAUGCGGAAAAAAAGGUCCGUGGUAUGCAUGUGUGUUAAUAGCAGCGGCCUCCUCGCUGCACCUGAUCGGGCAACUCCGUCGCAUAGUUUUUAAAUGCACUAUUAUUUUCAGUAUUUUAGUGUUGAUUUGUGAUUAUGACUGUGGACUGUAGAUCUUGCAUCAACCAAAGAAAAGUGAACAUUUACUAGACUUUUGCACUAUGAAAGAAAACUGUUACCUCAGGAGUAUAUGCGAUUUCCAAACAGUUUGCCACUUUUUUUUUUUUUAAUGCUGUUAAAAUUAAACAGUAUUAUAACGCCCCAAAUUAAUGUUAGGGCUACAUAUUUAGUAUUACGUGUAAAAUAUUUUACAUUAGAAGAUUAGAGUCCUAUUAACAACUGGUUAGUAGGUUGAGUAAUUUUUAAAGUCGCUCUUUACAUUUUUUAUGUAAUAUUUUUUUAUUAAUAGAUCACCUUUAUUGUCAUGUUUUUUUUUGGUAGUAAUUUCCAGGGGUUUUGAUCUUUUCAGUGUAGUCCUUUAUAUUAACUCUAACACUGGGAAGAAAAUCUGCAUUAUUGCAGGUGACGUAUUUAACUAAAACAUUAAUUCUAUUGAGUACGUAUGUCAAGUAAAAAUUUGCUGAACCGUAGUUUAUUACGAGUCCUGUAUUUAUUUUAUUUUUUUUAAAAAGCUGUCGUUCAAUAUAGUUUGUGAUGUUUUAUAAACUUACAUGUACAGUCAAGCAGUGACCCGCCUCUGGCUAUGUGCCUGUUUGUCCACAGGGAGGCGCUAAGGAAUUUAGUAUGAAAUAUAAACAAUUUCAAGCCUGA